AUGUCCAUUAUUAAUCAAAAGCUCAAGCUUCACAAAGCUGGCCUCAAAUAUUUGAAUAAUCUCACCUUUGGAAACUUGCACAAUAGUGUUUCCAAGGAUUCUUCAAUUCUUGAUGAUAUUCAAAUCAACAUUAAUAAUUCUGGUCCUACUGAUGAGCUUUUGGAGCAGGAAAAAGUUGCCAAAACUGAGCUUGAUCUUGUCCUUUCCUUUGAAGAGGCUUUUUGGAAAGAGAAGGCCAACUCCAAUUGGCACUCUAAUGGUAAUCAAAAUAAUGAUUAUUUUCAUAAGCUCACAAAGAUCAAGCAUGCCUACAAGAGCAUUUAUGUCUUAAAAGAUACUGAUUAUAUUAUUAUUGAUCCUAGUUUGAUUACCAAGCAUGUUGUUGAUCACAUACGUAAUUUGUUUUCUUCUUAUAAUUAUGUGCAGGAUAAUAACUUAAUUGAAGAAACCAUUCCUUCUCUGAUUUCUGACCAGAUGAAUCUCAUUAAAUCUCAAAUUCCUUCCCAUGAAGAAAUCUCCUAUAUUGUUUUUCCAUGA